CAUCUAUUCCCAGUAAGACGAGAGUGCAAGUUUAAACCUCCGUCCACUCACUGUUAUCAAUCAGAAGAACCAUGCGGUGCUACCUGUUCAGUCCGAGAUAUUUGCUGGCUAUCGCCGCAUUUAUUACUUUUUCGAAUGACGUCAUAUUGGUAUCCGGCGAUGAAUUGGUAGAUAACUACACAGUUGUAAAUGUUAAUGUUUACUACGAAUCACUAUGUGGCGAUAGUAUAAGAUGGGUAAAAGAUCAGCUCGUACCCAACUACGCGUCCUUGAAGAAACAUCUCAAGAUCACUUUGAUUCCGUACGGUAAAGCAACGCAAACACGUAAUGCCGAAACCGGUCGAUGGCAUUUUUCGUGUCAACACGGAUCUUCCGAAUGCCUUGGUAAUAAAGCACAAGCCUGUGGUAUUCAUGCUAUAGAAUCUGAUUAUCAAGAAAAUGAGCAACAAGAUCAAAUAGUUUAUCUAAUCGGUUGUACUAUGAGCGAUCAAUAUCCACCAAGUGCUGUAGAAACUUGUGCAAAACGCUAUCUGAAAGAAGAAACACAAAAGCGUAUAUCAAAAUGCAUCAAUAGCUCUUUAGCAGAUGAUUUGCUCGCUGCUAACGGUGAUAAAACAUGGGCUCUAGAACCACAACUUUCCUUCGUACCAACAAUAAUUUUGAACGGAGUUCGAACAGCAGAAAUUCAAAAAUCCGCAUUAUACAAUUUUAAAACAUUAAUUUGUUCCUAUUUGACAAAAGAUGAACAACGUUCAAUUUGUCCAACGUUGUAAGAUAAAAAGGACAGACAGAAAUACUUACGCAAAGUUUCAGAUAUCGAUGACAAGUACCGUAUCAUAAUGAGUCCUCUGGUGUUUAGCUCGAUCGCUACUAUUGCUGAAAGCUUUAGUGCAGCCACGAUGUUGACAGGCGUAAGGUUUCUCUCCGGUAUGCGAUCUCUGAUGAA